CUGUUGAUGCAAACACAAACUGCAAACCACAGAUGUGUACAGUACCAGUCGUUUUUAACCGUUUCCUACAACUACAAGUGGUCGUGUUUUUACCCUUUUCCCGUCUCCCGGUGGGCUGAUUAGUUCUGUAUCCAAGUUGGUCGUUACCGAAGACGAGUAUGGAGGAAGCCAGCAGCACACCGUCUACAGGAAAUGCUUCAAAUGAUCAGCGGGUGCUGGUGACCGGCGCGUCGGGCUUUAUCGCCUCGCACUGCGUGCAGCAGAUGCAGGCGGCCGGUUACGCGGUGCGGGGGACGGUGCGCAGUCUGGCCAACGCCAAGAAAGUCGUCCCGCUGUACCAGAUGUGCCCCGGCGCCCGCCACAAGCUGGAGCUGGUGGAGGCCGACCUCCUCGACGACCAGCUGGACAACUGGAAAGAAGCGGUGUCCGGCUGCACCUACGUCCUGCACGUGGCCUCGCCAUUUCCCAACGAAAUCCCAACCGACGAGCAGGUGUUGAUCAAGCCGGCGGUAGAGGGCACUCUGAACGUCCUGCGGGCCUGCGCGGAAGUGGGCGGCGUCAAGCGGGUGGUGCUGACCAGCUCGGUGGCGGCCGUCGUCGGCCAGACCGCGCCGGACUUCAACAAGACCUACUCGGAGGCCGACUGGACCGAUCUGCAGCAGGAUGUCGGUGCCUACCAGAAGAGCAAGACGCUCGCCGAGAAGGCCGCCUGGGAUUACGUUAACAAACUGCCCGAGGACAAGCGCUUCGAACUGACCACGAUCAAUCCGUCAUACGUCAUGGGCCCGGUAAUCCACGGGUCCACCGGCACCAGCCAAGAGGUGGUGGGCCGGCUGAUGCGGCACGAAGUGCCGGCGCUGCCGCACAUUUCCCUGGAGUUAUGCGACGUGCGCAACGUGGCGCAGGCGCACAUUCGCGCCAUGACGCUGCCGGCGGCGGCCGGUCAGCGUUUUAUCAUCAACUCGGGCGGGAUGUGGUUCAAGGAGAUGGCCACGCUGCUGGACCGGGAGUUCCGGCCGCAGGGCUACCGGGUGCCCACGUUGUCGGCGCCCAAAUUCCUCGCCAGCAUCGUGGCCUGGUUCGACAAGGCCCUGCAGAUGGUCAUGCCGCGCUGGGGCCAGCAACUGCACUUUGACAAUUCCAAGAUGAAGAACGUGCUGGAAAUCCAGCCGUAUCCACCGGAGAAGACGCUCCUCGACAUGGCCUACUCCAUGGUGGACAACGAGCUGAUCCCGCGGACAGCCCAGUACAAAGGUCAACCGACCGCUUCCUGACCUUGCCGUUUUUCUACAUUCUUCCUAAUCCUGCUGUAACGCAUCAAAGUGCAAUUGUUGCUCACAGUUUUUUUUUAAUUGCCUGUUUCUUAAUAUUCUAUGUACUUUGUUGUUAGCCAAUUUUUUAAAAAAUUUUCACCUUUUUAGUGGGUCGUGGUGUUGGAUGUCUGCUUGGUUCUGAUGCUAUUUUUGUAAGCUGAUUGAAAAUUCAUUUUUUGCAGUUCCCUUGUUACACUCAGCACUGUUAUGUGCUCGUUAUAUAGUUCCAGUGCACGUAUGAAUGAAAACUGAUUGG